AUGGCGUGCAGUAAAGUGAGGAAAAUUGAUCGAGAGUGCCGGGUUUUUAAUGAACAAUGGACCAGGGAUUAUUUUUUUGUUCCAUGGAAGGACCGUGCCAUUUGUAUUAUAUGUAAAGAAAACGUGUCCGUGUUUAAAGAAUACAACCUUCGCCGCCAUCACGAAACCCGUCACAAGGAGUAUGCUAGCUUGAAAGGGGCAGCGAGAGAUGACAAAGUUCGGCGACUGAAAGGUGGGCUAGCAGCUCAGCAGGAUGCCCUGCUCCGUCAAUCACGGGCCAACCUGGCUGCUGUCCGAGCAAGCUACAAAGCAGCUAACCUACUGGCUAUUCACGGCAAGCCGUUCACGGACGGUGAAUUCGGGAAGGCUAUGAUGCUGGCUGUGUCUGAGGAAGUUGGUGUCGGAGCAGGGGGGGCUGCUCCGGACACAAACAUGGACCAUCGCUCGUCUCUGGGCAAAGUGAGCGGCUCCACGGAAUCUGUCGCCACGGUGACGAGCGAGGAGUUCGUACUGGUCCAGUCCAACGCUGGGUCUCCACAGAGCUCAGAGGGACGGCCGAGACUCAAGAUGUCGUGUAAUGGGAACGAGCAGCUGGAGAAGGCCAUGGAGGAGGUUUGGGACGAUGAGGAGAAGAGCAGCACCGAGAAGAUGGAGAAACACCAGACCCCGAAGACCACUGUCCCAGACUCGUCAGGACCAGAGGAGGACAGUGUUCAGUUCCAGCAGGUGGCGUACCUCGGCUGCACUUGGGUCAAAGCUCCGCGGAGCGAGGCCGAGGCUCAGAUGGCGAUGGCCACGCUCCGAGCGGAGAGCGCCGUCCCCAUCGCCAUCAGUCUGCACGUGCCCAGUGCGCCCCAGGGCUGCGUCAGGAUUGUGGAGCAGUCCUCUGGGACAGAGAUCGCAUCGUUCCCCAUUUACAAAGUGCUGUUCUGCGCUCGAGGCAGAGAGGGCGCUGUGGAGGCAGACUGCUUCUCCUUCACCGAGAGCUACAGGAGCUCAGAGGACUUCCAGAUCCAUGUGUUCUCCUGCCAGAUACCAGAGGCCGUCAGUCGAAUCCUCUACAGUUUCUCCACUGCUUUCCGUCGCUCGUCCAAACUCACAGACUCUGUGGACUCGACCCCAAGUACCUCCUCAGACCAAGACCAGUUCUGCUUCACUGUGGCCCUGGACAUCAGAGAGGACGAUGGAAAAGGGAACUACAGUUCGGUGCCAAAAGACAGAGACAAGUUCUACUUCAAACUUCGCCAAAGUGUCCAGAAGAAAGUGGUGGUGUCUGUCCAACAAGUCAGCAACAAGAAGCUGGGCAUCGAGAGGUGUUUCGGGAUGCUGCUGAGUCCUGGACAGAAAGUCACCAACAGCGACAUGCGUCUGUUAGAAAUGGAGUCGAUGGGGAGAAGCUCUGAUGGUAAAGCCUACGUCAUCACAGGGAAGUGGAACCCCAACAUGGCCGCCUUCCAGCCGCUGAACGAAGACACCCCCAAAGGUACGGCUCCCAUUCAGGGGCAGGGGAACCUAGGCUCCCGUCCUAAGGGCCUGCCGGGUCUGGUCCGGUCUGGGAUCCCGGAGCCGCUCAGGGCCGAGGUCUGGCAGCUGCUCGCCGGUUGCCACGACAACCACGACCUCCUGGAACAAUACCGCAUCCUCAUCACGAAGAGACCCCGACAGAGACCCCGACAGAGACUCCGACAGAGACUCCGACAGACAGAGACUCCGACAGACUCCGACAGAGACCCCGACAGAGACCCCGACAGAGACCCCGACAGAGACCCCGACAGAGACCCCGACAGAGACCCCGACAGAGACUCCGACAGAGACCCCGACAGAGACUCCGACAGAGACUCCGACAGAGACCCCGACAGAGACCCCGACAGAGACCCCGACAGAGACCCCGACAGAGACCCCGACAGAGACCCCGACAGAGACUCCGACAGAGACCCCGACAGAGACCCCGACAGAGACCCCGACAGAGACCCCGACAGAGACCCCGACAGAGACCCCGACAGAGACCCCGACAGAGACCCCGACAGAGACCCUGAGACCCUUUCCUAA